AUGAAGCAAAAGAUUGUCAUCCAGUUGAGCAUGUCGUGCGAUAAAAGCCGGUCGAAAGCACUGACGCUGGCCGCCAAAGCAGCCGGGGUGACGUCCAUGGGGAUAACCGGAGACGCCAGGGACCAGCUGGAGGUGGUCGGCGACGGCGUCGACCCGGUGUGCCUUGUCUGCUCCCUCCGCAAGAAGCUCGGCCACGCCCAAAUCGUCAAGGUGGAGGAAGUGAAGAAACCGGAGGAGAAGAAGAAGGAUGAGCCGAAGCCGGCCGUGCCUGAGCCCGUGAACCCGCCGCCGUACUUCUUCUACCCGCCCAGCUCCUACUACCAUCACCAGUACCCGCUGUACUUCUGA